CUAGUUCCUCGUACAGCAUGUAUUUUUCAUGUGUUGUCAUGUGGUGCGCAGCAACUUGAAGACCCAUCGCCCUUUUAUCUUCGCUCGUGUCAAACAACCUUUGAGCUGUCACUCUUCUUCCAUUCUCCAACCGACAAAGCUACAAUGUCGAAUAUAAUACAACUCACUUUAAAGGCACUUGGACUUAACGUGUUUGGAAACGACACACCUCCCGACGCGUUGAGGGACACAGACAUUGAAUGUCUUAUGCCAGAAAGAACUGAGCAACUGAAUAUUGAUUCCACUGCCAAAGUUGAACCCACCACAUCGAAUAAGAUUCAAGACAAACCGUCGUCCUCGCUUCCGGUUGAAGUUGCUCCUGCUACUACUACUACUACUAUUGCUUCAAAGGCUCGAGAAGACAUUGAUUGUCUUAUGCCAGAAAGAACUGAGCAACUGAAUAUUGAUUCCACUGCCAAAGUUGAACCCACCACAUCGAAUAAGAUUCAAGACAACCCGUCGUCCUCGCUUCCGGUUGAAGUUGCUCCUGCUACUACUACUACUAUUGCUUCAAAGGCUCGAGAAGACAUUGAUUGUCUUAUGCCAGAAAGAACUGAGCAACUGAAUAUUGAUUCCACUGCCAAAGUUGAACCCACCACAUCGAAUAAGAUUCAAGACAACCCGUCGUCCUCGCUUCCGGUUGAAGUUGCUCCUGCUACUACUACUACUAUUGCUUCAAAGGCUCGAGAAGACAUUGAUUGUCUUAUGCCAGAAAGAACUGAGCAACUGAAUAUUGAUUCCACUGCCAAAGUUGAACCCACCACAUCGAAUAAGAUUCAAGACAAACCGUCGUUCUCUCUUCCGGUUGAAGUUGCUCCUGCUACUACUACUACUAUUGCUUCAAAGGCUCGAGAAGACAUUGAUUGUCUUAUGCCAGAAAGAACUGAGCAACUGAAUAUUGAUUCCACUGCCAAAGUUGAACCCACCACAUCGAAUAAGAUUCAAGACAACCCGUCGUCCUCGCUUCCGGUUGAAGUUGCUCCUGCUACUACUACUACUAUUGCUUCAAAGGCUCGAGAAGACAUUGAUUGUCUUAUGCCAGAAAGAACUGAGCAACUGAAUAUUGAUUCCACUGCCAAAGUUGAACCCACCACAUCGAAUAAGAUUCAAGACAACCCGUCGUCCUCGCUUCCGGUUGAAGUUGCUCCUGCUACUACUACUACUAUUGCUUCAAAGGCUCGAGAAGACAUUGAUUGUCUUAUGCCAGAAAGAACUGAGCAACUGAAUAUUGAUUCCACUGCCAAAGUUGAACCCACCACAUCGAAUAAGAUUCAAGGUAAAGCUGUUAAUCGAACAAAAAGGUAUCAUAUAAACAGACUACGAUGCUUAUAUUAGUAAUGAUAUAAUAGACAACCCGUCGUCCUCGCUUCCGGUUGAAGUUGCUCCUGCUACUACUACUACUA